CUACUUAUCUUUACCCCCUUGCACCGUUUUUCGAAGUCUGGCUGGUCCAUAUCCUUCGUUGAAUUUUAAAAAAUCUGCCUUGAUCCUGCCCAGGUCUUACAACCAAGUCAUCCAUACAAUCCAUACACCUACACAUACUACUACUACUAGAUUAAAUCUGCCACCGUCUCUCCGCCUCCCGCUCCGACCCAGAGUCACGCGCAACCACGAUCGACAAGACUAGGACGACUGCUUCCAAUACUGCACUUGACCAGGGUCCUCAUUACACCUCUUCCUCGUGCCCUCUCAUCGCCUUUCCUUUCUACCGAUUUUUCGAAGCAUUCGAUCCCCUUACUGUUUGACUCAGACGCACCUUCUAGACUAUCUCGGCUCCCAAAUCCUCUUGCGCUACGAUAGCCGGGCCCACGCAAGCCUUUGAACGUUUGGGCGCUGGCUCCUUCCACUUUUCUCGCCUCGCCAACGGAGAUGGAAAACACCCGGCAGGACGAUCAUAUGCUUGUACCCUCUCGGCCGCCAUUACAAUCUAUCUUUGGCGGUCCAGCCGAAGACGUCGAUUAUAUUGAUGAUGCCGACUCCGACAAUAAGCAUGAGCUCCACGGCCCUCCCGACCUAAACGCAACUUCUGCGAGUCUCGCGGUCAACAGUGUGGCACCUUUUCUCGCACGACACGUCCCCGAACAAUACGGCGCACUCGGACCUCAGAACAAGGGACCGGUCGAACUGAGUGGCGUGGAUUCGCGCUAUUGUUAUCGCCAUAGACCUGACCGUAAAUGCCGACGGCAAGCAGACGAACCGACAAUGGAUAAAUUACAACGAGAAUUAGAAACACUCCCACAAAGCGAUCAGCAGGGUAUUGCGCAUGUGUGGUCCCUCUUCUCAGCCGCACCAGCCAAACACCGAAAAUUGCUCCUUCAGGGCAUCAUGGCCCAAUGUUGUUUUCCACAACUAUCGUUUAUCUCCGCAACUGUUCGAGACCUCAUUCGCAUCGAUUUCCUUGCCGCACUUCCUCCGGAGAUCUCUUUCAAAAUUCUGUGUUACCUAGACACCACUUCAUUGUGCAAGGCUGCUCAAGUGUCAAGACGCUGGAGAGCACUUGCCGAUGAUGAUGUGGUCUGGCACCGGAUGUGCGAACAACAUAUUCACCGCAAGUGCAAGAAGUGCGGCUGGGGACUUCCCCUUCUGGACCGGAAGCGCCUGCGGGAAUCGAAGCGUGAGAUACAAUUGCGCGCCACAAACUGGGAUCUUAGCGGGCGAUCAGCUGGCUCUGCGGAAACCUGCAAAGCUGAGGCUGAUGCGGUAGCCGUUGUUAACACAAAUCCAGCGAAGCGGAAGCCCGAUCCGAUCGACGAACAGGCGACUAUUGCUAAGCGCCAUUGCUCGUCUUUGGCUCCGGGUCCUGGUCCUGGAAACGAUGACGCCUACUUCAAGACACGUUAUAGGCCUUGGAAGGAAGUAUACAAAGAUCGAUUCAAGGUUGGAACCAAUUGGAAGUAUGGACGAUGCUCCAUCAAGGUUUUCAGGGGCCAUACAAAUGGUGUCAUGUGUCUCCAAUUCGAAGAUAAUAUUCUCGCGACGGGCUCAUACGAUGCUACGAUCAAGAUCUGGGAUACUGAAACUGGGCAAGAGCUGCGUACUCUUCGUGGACACGAAUCAGGCAUUCGCUGUCUGCAGUUUGACGAUACCAAGUUGAUCAGUGGCAGUAUGGACCGCACCGUUAAGGUCUGGAACUGGCGCACGGGCGAAUGCAUUUCCACCUACACAGGUCACCGCGGCGGGAUCAUCGGGCUUCAUUUCGAUGCUACGCUACUAGCUUCGGCCUCAGUGGACAAGACUGUCAAGAUCUGGAACUUUGAGGACAAGUCUACGUGCCUUCUACGUGGACACACAGACUGGGUCAACGCAGUGAGGGUAGAUUCGAUGUCUCGUACAGUCUUCUCGGCUUCAGAUGAUUGCACUGUCCGACUCUGGGAUUUGGACAGUAAGACUUGCAUUAGGACAUUCCACGGACAUGUGGGUCAAGUCCAGCAGGUUAUUCCGCUUCCGCGAGAAUUUGAAUUUGAAGAACAUGAUGCGGAGUGUGAAAACGACAAUGUCAGCACAGUCUCUGGAGAUGUUGAGCCUGCUUCUCUCCAGGCCACACUUGGACUAGAGUCCAACGCCGUCAUGUCACAGAGCUCGCCUUUCGGUCCCUCCUUUGCCGAGGGUCGACCAGCCCCACCCCGCUACAUUGUUACUAGUGCACUGGACUCCACGAUUCGUCUGUGGGAAACAUCUACUGGCCGUUGCCUGCGUACCUUUUUCGGACACCUGGAGGGUGUCUGGGCUCUUGCCGCCGACACACUUCGCAUUGUCUCUGGAGCAGAAGAUCGUAUGGUCAAAAUCUGGGAUCCCAGGACGGGCAAGUGCGAGCGCACAUUUACCGGUCAUUCUGGACCGGUCACUUGCAUGGGCCUAGGUGACAGUCGCUUCGCCACCGGAAGCGAGGACUGCGAAGUCCGGAUGUAUAGCUUCCAAAGUUGAAGUUAGUAAUCUCUUUUGCGGUCUUUCAUUUCGUCUUCCAAUUUUCAUCCGCCAAAAGUUAUGUGCGGUCCUGUUCAAUGUCCUUUUUCUCAACUGCAUGAAAAUACCCAUAACGUUUUUACUUUGUUUUCUUCGGGGCGUGGCAGGAAAGGGUUUUCCGGGUCAAGGGUCUGGGUCUGAGUUUCCUGCAAUGAUACGGAGCGCUAUCAGGGAAAGUCUGGCGUUGGCGUCGUGCUAUUAUACCAAGUCCUGGACCUACGUUAGUUUACGCUAGCAACACAUGUCAAAC